AUGGACGAGAGCGCUUUCGACGAGUCCAUCAUGUUCAACGAAUAUCACCAGAAACCCGGGGGAUCGCCGGCCGCACACCACCAACAUCAAUCGCUGUUGGCGUUCCAACAACCCGGCGACAUGAUGGGAUACGCACUUCCCGUGCCCGACCACAUGCAAGACAUGCAGCAACAACACCAUCACCACCAUCACCAGCUCCAGGACAUGGACAUGCACCGGCACCACCACCAUGGCACCGCCAUUCAAGACCAAAUGCAACAGGACACCUGCAGACAGCAGAUACAGAUCGGUGAUCCGCAGGACAUGUUCCAGAUACCGGGCACAUCAGCCGUCGGUCAAGUCCCGGUACAGCCGGGUGACUGCUUGGUCGGCGCCAACGGCCAGAAACACACCAUCAAAUUGGAAAUGGACGACGGCCCAAUGCCGGUCGCGGUUGGCGGUCAACAGUCCUCAGGUAACUGCAGCGCGCGAAUACCUAGUGACAGUCUUAUAGUCGAUACGGAGAUCGUCUCUCUCCGGCGCUAUGAACACCACAAUAUAGUAGAACAUUCGUUGACGAACCGAUUUAUAUUUUUUCCGCGUUAUACAGGACUACCGGCCGAACAACCGGCACCCAAGAAGUCCAGUUCCAAGUCGAAAAACACCGACAACAACGGCACCAAAAAGAAAAAGACAAGGUAAGCAAUAUCGCCCGCACACCUCAAUAUACGGCUGGCCGCCAUAAUAUUAUCAAUACUGUAUGGAUAAUAAUAUUUUUUUUCCCCGUUACUUCAGGACGACAUUCACGUCCCACCAGUUGGAGGAGUUGGAACGGGCGUUCGAGAGGGCUCCGUAUCCGGACGUGUUCGCCCGUGAAGAAUUGGCGUUGAACCUGAAACUUAGCGAGUCACGGGUUCAAGUGUGGUUCCAAAACCGCAGGGCCAAGUGGCGGAAGAGAGAGCCGCCCAGGAAAACCGUUUACCUGACCAAUUCCGGUAAGUCAUUAUCGUCCGUAAAAUCUUCCGUAAAAUUACUCAUUACGGCGACACACUAUAUAUUUACACAAGGUUGAAAAUAUCGAUAUAAAACCCCACAAAACAAUCAUUAUCUGGAAAAGUACACCUCGUGAAACAAAUGCAACUCUAAAACGUUAUUGUACCAUUAUUUUACGUCAUUCUUAUUUUCGGAGACAGGACCAUUGCCCACUUUCGAUUUUCAAAUAGCAACAUAUAAAACAAAUUCCAUAAGUAGAUUAGAUGCAGUUUUAGUUAGAAUACCACAAAUAAUGAUGCUCCACUACUAUCUCUCACUAUACUCAAACGUAAAAGUAGAAUGACUCGGAAACGGGGUGACGGAAAUUAAAAAUAUCCACAUUAAAAUGUAUUUCAACUGAAACGUCAUCUACUUAUGGAUUUUUCUAUAUUAGGAUGUUGUUUAAAAAUCAAGAGUAGGUAGUGGUUUCAACCCCUAAAAAUAAGGAUGAGUAAUGAUAAUGUCAAUGUAGUAUUUUAAAGUUAUUUAUUUCAUAAAGAAGUCCAAAACAAAACAAAAUCCGAAAAAAGUUAAUGUUCUCCGAGACAAUGAAUAUUUAAUCGAGCAUUGGUUAUACUACAUAAACACAUCGACACAUAUUUCCGACACUUCUCUUUCUCCCCCCCCCACACCAAUUUGCCGAUCCAUUACUUAAGAAUUAUUUGUAUUACAGUUAAAUGUUUCAAUUAUUUCACUUGUAUUAUAAUAUAUUAUAUUAAAAUCGUGAAAAAAAUCACGGAGAACGGGAAAGUUUACUAUAAUUGUCGUGAUUCUGUUAAAAAUAAUAAUCGGAAAGUUUGACAUUUUCACCGAAUACUUAUAUAACAGUUUUUGAGCUUUUUAUAAAAAAUUUUUAUUUGAUUUAUGCGGAUAAAAUUGUUUUGGCCCAGCAAAAAUGCUCGAAAAUUUUACAUAAGUUUCAUCGUUCGUUGUUCUUAGUAGUAAAAAAAAAAUAUUGAGAUUUUUUUUUUAUUUAUACAAGUACAUAAUAAACGUUUAAAGUUAAACAUUUUAUGAAAAUCGUAAAAAUCGCAGUUUUUCAAAACAUGGGCAACGUUUUUCAUUUGUAAUGAUUUAUCGUUGCGUACAAAUGUAAAUUAAAUUACUCUUUGUAUUCUGCCUUUCAACUUCCGACCAACAACAGUGGCACGUCCAUCAGAAUUAUCAGUUCUUUUUUUUUAUCGAUAUUAUUAUAUUAAUCUUUUUUCGUCUUCAAUCGUUUGCUUGGUUUGGUGCAGUUCUCCGAGCUUUCCUUUUAAAUCCUUAUUCCUUUAUUUGCGUACACCUAUCCUUAUCUAUGUCUAUUAUGAUUUUUUUUCAUGUACUCCGUCAUUGAUCUUUCACUUCCGAUGUGACCUUCUAUGAUGGAUAUCGUAAAGUUAUCGUUAUGUAGUAUAGAUAAUAUGAUUUUUAUAAUGAAUUUUUAUAAUUUUAUAAUUAUAUUGGUCUAUUUCCAAUAUACACGGUCACGUAAGGAUGCAUAUUUAGUAUUCCUUGUCUAUAUCGGCCGUGCCCUGACAAAUCGAUUUAUUUCUGUACGCAGUGUUCCCGUCCGGAUCUCCGGGAUCGUCGGUCAGCUCGACGUCGUUCACCACGUUGACGACGUUUGGCGGUAACGUGUCACCGUCGAUGGGCACGUGUUCGCCGGUCACACUCAGCGGCACCGCGGAUUCGUGGGGCUACGGCGCUGCCGGAUACGGCGAACUUGCCCACCUGAACCUGCUCAACAACAACGGGUCGUCACCGUUCGCUCAAAACACGUUCGGCCACAACAACGGCUUUGGCGCCUCAUAUGCGUCCCAGCCGCAAGACAGUCCGGGACUGUUCUCAGCUAGCAUGCAGUGCCUGGCCCGACAGGACAUGAUGGGCCCUCUAGACCAAUCGCCGCCUGACCGCGACUACCACAACCAUCAGCUCAAUAAACACGUGGUCGAUACGUACGUGAUGAGCCAGGACAUGGCGGGACUGUUGCAGCCGGACGCCGAGUGCGAUAUUGUCGGCUCCAUAGGCUACGAGGUAGAACAGCAACAGCAGCAACAACAGCAACAGCAACAGCAACAACAACAACAACAACAACAACAACAGCAACAACCACAACAACCACAGCAGCCUCAACAACCGCAGCAACCGCAAAGAGACGAAGAAUGCAGAGAAGAAGAGACCGCUAUAAAGAUCGAGCCACCGUUCACGCCCCUGCCGCCUUUUAUCAACUGACACAGGCGGUUUCAGUUUGACACAUACGAGUAUCAAACUGAAUUCGAAUGAGUCCGACACGGUAAACUAUAUUGUUGUAAAUGUGUAUUAUAUUAUAUCGACACUUUUAUCGGAUAAUUACUCGUAUAACUAUUUAACAGACGACGACACUGUAAAUACUUAAAUAAUAAGCAAAAUCCGAAGUAUGGCUGCUCUACAACGGGAUCAUUGCACCUUGACAGCCCAAGAAUUUCAAGUAUAUUUAUAAAAUAACGCCAUAACUCCGAGCAGGAACUAUUUUUCAUAUGCUGUUAUACAAAAAUACAUUUUUCUUUUCGUUUUUCUUUUACUAAAAUAUUUUUGAAAAAUAUUCGAGUGAUGAUUGGGUUAGUACACGGUAUAUAAUCAAUACGAAAUAAAUUUGAGGAAUCGGAGGUACUGGGAAAUAUAUAAGAUGUCAGUGUGCCAGUAAUCAUGAAACUCACAGUACUUGACCGGGAAAAAACGGGUAAAAUUUCACAAGAGAAAUUUCCCUCCCUCGAUAAAAUAUUAAAGGUGUGCGAAAUCGAAUUGAAAAUAGAUAUUUUAAUCUGCUAGCUCGUAUAUAUAAUCAUUUUGUAUCAAUAUUUAAAGGAGGCGACGAAAUUAUAAAAAUGUGCUCAAAAAAUCAUAUAGCCUCCUGUAAUUAGAGCUCCUUCCGAAAAAUAGUAAAAAAAACUUUUUAAGUCGUGAUAACUCUAAUUAUUUGCACAUGGUCCAUAUGGAAUAGUGCAAGUAUAGGACAGAACCCCUCUUACGCAGGUUCUAAAACUUCGUCUUCGAUUAGUAAUAUACAUAAUGAACAUUGUACUAUCUAUUCCUAAUUAAAAGAAAUGUAUUUAAUAAAUUGAAUUGAUUUAAUUUUGUAAAUGGUAUAAGCGUGUGUAAAUUAUAUUUUAACACACGUUAUACUGAAAAUUGAAAUAUCUUAAGUCACUACGAUAAACAUUUAUGUUUGGCACAAAAGAAUGUAAGUUAUAUAUUUAUAUGAUUUAAGCCAUUUAGAACGUCAUAUUUAGGUUAUGCCAUUUAGCAAUUUAGCCGUAAAGCAAUUUUCAAAAAUGACUUUGUAUCGGAAACUAUACAAAAUUGGCUUAACCCCUUCUUCCCUAAAACCAAAAAUAUAUAUUUGAUAAAACAUUAUUAUUAUUAUUAUUAUUAUUAUUAUUAUAGCUUAAUGUGUUUAUUUAUUUAUAUUUUAUAAGAAUAUACGAUAUAGGUUUCAACCGAAUACGACAAAAUCACAUAACUCUUCCACAAUGUACAUAUUAAUAGGUAUUAUAAGUAAUGGUAUUUUAGUAAUGUAAAUUUUUUUUAUUUUUUUUUUUAUAUACAAAAAAAUCUCGUGUAUUCUAUGUUGUGCCUUAUUAAAGCUUAAGCAAUUAUAAUUAUUAUUGUUAUUCCAGUAUCUUACUAAAUUGUUUUAAACUAAAGACGGCGGCGGUGUACUGCAUGCGUCGAGUUAUAAGUAUAAUAUUAAGGACCCAUAUUAUAAUUAAAUAUGGAAUUUAAGUAAUUGUAAAUACAUUUUUUUUCCCCCCAAUUAGAAUCCGAAGAUAAUAUUAUAUUUAAUAUUAAUUUAUUAAUUAUUCGAUUUUGGGCAUAUUGAAUUAAAAGUUUACGGUGAAUUUCCCGGUAGACAAUAACGCUAAUACAAUAUUUGCCACACGCUCCAACACAGAUUUCUGUCGUUUACAAUAUUACCGAUGGUUAAAUAAUUUUAAGUGACGUGCACGGUUUAUAUAUGUAUAAUGUGUAUAUAUAUAUAUAUAUAUAUAUAUAUAUAUAUAAAUAAUAUAUUAUAUAUAUUUUAUAUGUAUAAACAUUAGUAUAAAUGUUGUCUACAUUAUUGUAUAAGAAAAUUUAUGAGUUUCUCUGUUUUUUUUUUUAUAUAUAUAUUAUUUAUUUAUAAUAUGUACGCUACACUUUUAACAAAAAAAAAUUAUAUAUUUAAAUAUGUAUUUUAUUUAUUUAUUAACAAUAAAACAAACUUAAUCCAUUAAGUACUAAAUCAUUUUAUGCAGUGUUUGCUGAAAUUUUUUUAUGAUAUUCUCGCAUAAAAUUAUAAUUAUUCUGUUCCUCUUUUUAUGCCUAUAUUAUUAUUGCCUUUUAUUAAAUUAUUGAAUAAAUAAUUAUGUAGAAUCAUGAAAUGUAUUCACGAAAAAUUCGGUAUAUUUUCCAUUGUCCUACCUGUAGGUACUAAAAUGUAGGUCACUUAACUCGGAAACGUUAAAAAAAUAUCGAGUAUUUAUUGAAGUAUUUGUCGUGUUUUUGUAGACGACCAACUACAUCAAUCGUGAUUAUUAACUUGUUAUGUUUCAACACUGAAGAAUACACGUCAACGUACCUAAUUACUGUCUUAUACUGCAAAAUAUUAUGAUAAUAAAAAGUGAUUGAAGUAUUUACCACUUGUAAAAUUAUCUUGAAAAACAUAAAUAUUCUCGGAUAGAUCAAUAAAAAUUAAUUCGAGUGAGCUGUCUAAUCCUAUAACUUUUGUACAGCUCAGUGGAUGUAAGUCAGUCAUUAAUGCAAUCAAAAUCAUUGCACAAGCUCCUAAUAAUAAACAGUUGUAUUAUUACUUUUUCUCAACAUGACUAAUUUCAAAAUAUAUUUCCAAACUAUAUUAUUCGGUUUUUUAAUACUAAAUGGUAAGUGAGUAAUUUUGUGUAACUAUAUAUAUAUAUAUAUAAAUAUUUUGAUUUUGAAAUUUUUCUCUAAAUUAAGAUUCUCAAAAAGAAAUCUAUUGGUCUUACAAUGAUGUGUUUUUUUUUGUGCUUAAAAACAACUUUUCCACCAAAAUCUUGCUCCAAUCGAAAACUGUAUAGAAACUUUUCUGUAGCAUUUUCAUUUUAUUUAAUUAGCACAUUGAAAAAGGAAUAUUUUUAGUAUUUUUCUAGUAGUUUUCGUAAUAAAUAAGAAAAACUAAUAAUUUUUGUAUACAUUUUGCUAAUUUUAAUGUACCUAGGGAAAAAUACGAGUAAUAAUACUCAUUUCAGAAUCGUUCUUCGUCAGCAAUAGUCAAUCGUUAAAAAUGUAAACUUAGUUACUUUAUAUAAUAUCAUUAAUUCCCACUUCCUCCUUAAAAUAAUAGUACACCCGUCAAUAUUAUCAACUUGUAGAAAAAAUAUUUUACCUCUUAUUUAUUAAAUUUAACCAUGUAUAACUUAACACGUUUGAUCAAUGAAAUACAUCAAUUGGUCUUAUGUACUAACACUAACGAUUUGUCUACAGUUUUAUAUUUGAUAACUAAUAGUUUUUUANUAUACAUUUUGCUAAUUUCAAUGUACCUAGGGAAAAAUACGAGUAAUAAUACUCAUUUCAGAAUCGUUCUUCGUCACCAAUAGUCAAUCGUUAAAAAUGUAAACUUAGUUACUUUUUAUAAUAUCAUUAAUUCCCACUUCCUCCCUUAAAUAAUAGUACACCCGUCAAUAUUAUCAACUUGUAGAAAAAAUAUUUUACCUCUUAUUUAUUAAAUUUAACCAUGUCUAACUUAACACGUUUGAUCAAUGAAAUACAUCAAUUGGUCUUAUGUACUAACACUAACGAUUUGUCUACAGUUUUAUAUUUGAUAACUAAUAGUUUUUUAAAAAUGNUUUUAAAAUAAAGUUAAAAAAGUUACUUUCUAUAAUUUUACAAUGCAUAUAAAACUGACAAAAUGCCUUUCGGAUUGUUUCAGAAUCAAGUUCUGCGAAUCCUUUACAGGGCAAACAACGAUGUUCAUCACCUUUAAUUACACUAAGCACAUUUGAAAAUAUAGUGAGUACCUACAUUGAUUUACUUGUGAAAAUGUGCUAUUAUUUGAAUUUGUUUUACUGUUUAUAGAUAAUAAUCAUUCAUGCAAACGUGACUGAUGAAAUAUUAUGCCAGGGCACGUUAAUUGACGUGAAUUGGGUAUUGGCAACAGCUAACUGCUUGAAGUAUAUAUAAUAAAGAUAGUUGGUGCACACUAUUAAAAAAAAUCUAUUUUGAUUUCCAAGAUUUUUAUUUUUUUUUAUUCAUACAGAAAUAUCCCAUUGGAUGGUGUUCGCCUUGUGAUGGAAAACGAAUUCGUUCGGAAACCGAAAACAAUGGUCGAUCGGAAUGGUAUAGCAUUGAUCAAGGUACAAUAUUUAAUUAUUUUUUUUAAAGAGUCGUCUUUGAUAGCCAUGGUUGAGGAGUCCAUUCAAACGUUUUAACCUAUUGAAUCGGAAAUUAUUUAUUUUUUAGAUUCUGAGGAAAGCGAGGGAUGUAUUGAUUUUACUAUGAUGUAUGGUUAUAUUUAUUUCAUUUUUGUAAACAACUUUUCUAUCAGAAAUCUUGCUCCAAUCAAAAAACGAUAAAGGACCUUUUUUUUCACGCAUUAUGAAACGUGUUGGUGGAAUAGGAACUUCGGAUUUUGAUACUUUAAACGGCUAUCAUUAUAUCUGUGAAAAAAUAGAAAAACGUAUAUUAUUUAACGCCAUCUCCUUGCACUUUACUCCUAAGCAUUACAAAUUUUUCUCAGCUGUUUCAAAUGGCUUAAUCAAUUUAAUCUCAAUGUGUUAGCCCUGGUUAAAAUAUUUUAACAUUCGACUCCGAAAGAAAAGCUAUACAUUUCGUUAUUUGCUCUAUUCCCGUACAUCUGUGUUUCAAAUUUUAAAAUUUUUUUAUAAAAUACAUCGUUUAAUGACGAAUUUAUUGCACGGCAGAUGGAUGAACCAGUCACGGUAGCGCCGAUCGAAUUUGCCACCGAAGAUCAAUUGGAAAACGCAAAUAAUUGCGUUGUAAGCGGUUUCCAGAGGUACGUCAAUGACAGUGUAGCGCUCGUGUAUUGGAACAUGGUCAAAGUUUCGAAACGAUUGAACGACAUUGGCGAAUUUUGGCAUUUAGACGAUGCGCUCUGUCUUGGGAAAACAUCCUCUGCGUGGAAUGUAAGUUUCCGAAAAAGUGUUUCUCAAAAAAAGCAUUAAUAACCGAUAAUUUCUCGGUUUUUUUUCCGUAUUACCUAUGCCCGAAGUACGACCAUUGGCGACAAUACGGGAAAAGCAGAAUAUAGGUACGAAGCUGCAUUCCCUGUGAAGUAUCACUUAUUGCCCCUAUACAUUAAUACGGCACGGCAUAGUAUGACACGACAAAACAUUUUAACGAAAAAUGUUUCGUUCGUACAUCGGUAUCUAAUCGGAAUCAAUUUAAUUGAAAUACAGAGUGGUUCACUCUACUAAAAGCACUCAAAAAUUAUUAAUUUUUUUUUUGAAAGCUUAGGAAUCGAAUAAUUCUAAAAUGUUAAGUUAUCAUUUUUCUUUUGUAAUCCUUCUUUUAGGGAUGAAAUAACUGCCUAAUUUUGAUUUUCAAAUAGUAACCUAUUUUGAAAAUGUUUUAAAUAGAGUAUUAUUUAAAAUAAAUUUUGGUGUUGAAAUUUUUGAAUUCCGUCAACCCGUUGACGAGAUAUUCUACUUUUAAGUUCGGCUUGUAGAAGAGUAGUGAUGCAUUAUAAAUACGCCGUGCGCCGUACCGCCACACAACUGAUACUCCACUACUUUCCCCUAAUUUCAUUUCUAGUCAUGUUUUUACAAUUUUUGACAUUCAAAUCAUGAAAUUUGAUGUAUUUUAUAUCUGAAUUUCUUUAACAUUUGUAUUGUUAGUGCAAUGCGAAAAUAGCAUAUCUUUAGCUGUUUAUAUAGAGUGUCUUAUUUAAUAGUAGUGGAUUUAAGAUAACAAGGGGACCAUUUCGCAAAUAUUAUCUUUGACAAUUUUAUUAUUUUAAUCAAGACAGUUAUUUUUUUUUUUUUUUUUAUGUAGACGAUCGAAAAUGGCACCCCGUUGAUUUGUAAUCGUCAAUUGUACGGCAUACUUUUGACAGAUAAACGGACGGUGUUCGGUAGCAUUUCAAGCUACGAAAAAUGGAUCAAACGGGUAAUCGCUAACCCUGCAACCUAUGACAGAGCUACCGUACGGGACAAUAAUUUUUAUUCUCCCGACAUAAAUGUUAAUACUGCAAUUGUGAUGGAUAUAACCAAUAGCCCUACCGAUGACGAUUAUGAUAACUACCACACCUCACCUGACCAAUACACUUCGACAGAAACUGAAACAGAUGGACCAAUUUCGAAAGGAACUGAAACAGAUGGACGAACUUUGAAAGUGAUAACAGAAAGUCUAUUAAAAAUAUUUCCAGUUGUCGGCCCGACGUUACCACCAUUCCCGCCUUUCAUUGGUCUUGACGGAAAAAUUGAUUCAGGAAUAAUGCCAGUGGUCGCCAGCCUUAAUAAUAAGGAACCCAGAGACGCGUUAGUGACCGCGGAACCGUUGUCUCGAAAAAUUAAAGAAACGACCGAGACAACAAUCAUGAGUGUUACCGCCGUGACCGCCGAGACGCAGGACGAGACUUUUGAUACGGAGGACGGUGAAUUCACGACGUCGGUGACCACGGCUACCACAGAGUCGUCGACCGAAAAUCCAUCAACUCUGGAACCUCAGACGACGGCCGAGACAACAGAGAUGGUGACGUUCGAAACAGAAGACCUAAUUUCCGGUUCCAAUAGUACCGUGGACGAAACUUCGCUGGAAACCGAAGACGCGUCUCCCAUUUAUAUAGAAACCCCUGCGACGACGAACGCUAUCGAUGAUAUCACCACUUCUCCUGCUAAAACUACUACUACUACUACCACUACUACUACUACCACUACUACUAACACUACUAGUAAUAUUCCUAAUAUUAACUCUACUAAACCUACUACUAUUACUAAUGCUACUACUAAUGAAGCUACCCAAUCGGCUCACUCGACCGCUGCCGAAACGUCUGCAGCCGGCGGACAAACACAGCAGUCCGACCAUACACCCGAAAUAACCACGCAUGUUACCGAAUCAACCAACUCAGUUGUUACGGAAUCAUCGCCCGCGUCGAGUUCCCGAAUAAUGAUACCUGAUACACUUUUCACUACGGUUUUGUUUUUUAUUGUGUGUUAUAUUAACGUAUAA